AUGGAGCAGAAUACGGCGGUGAAACCCAUCAGAUGCAAAGAUCGAGUGGUCGAGAGCGUGGGGGACGGGGUGGUAGAGGUGGCCGUCGGAGACAUGGUGGUUCCGGUGUUCUCAGCGCAGUGCGGCGACUGCCCCGAUUGCCUCUCGGACCGCAGCAACAUCUGCUCGGGGCUCCCGGACCGCCCUGGCAUGCCGCGUGACGGCACGACGCUCUUCUCGUACCCGGCCACCGGCGAGCCCAUCCACAACUUCAUCUCCGUCUCCAGCUUUACGGAGUACACUGUCGUGGACGUUGCCCAUGUCGUCAGGCUCGAGCCCGGCGUUUCACCGGCGAUGGCCUGCCUGCUCAGCUGCGGCGUCUCCACCGGAGUUGGUGCGGCGUGGAAAGUGGCGGCGGUGGAGCCAGGGUCGAGUGUCGCCGUGUUUGGUCUAGGCGCCGUUGGCUAGCGGUAACGAAAACUUAGUCUGGUAGCACAAGGGUGCCGGAUGCGCGGGGCCAAGAGGAUCGUUGGAGUUGAUCUGAACCCGGAAAAGCGCGUGAUCGGUAAGAGGCUGGGUGUCACCGACUUCAUCAACCCGAACGAUAUUGGGGGGAAAAGCGUCAGCGAGGGUCCGAACAGAUCAGUCAUCAAGGAGAUGACCGGCGGUGGUGCGGAUUAUUGCUUCGAGUGCAUCGGCUCGACGACCGUCGUGGCGGAAGCGUUCCAAAGUUCCCGAUUGGGUUGGGGGAAGACGAUCGUGCUCGGCCUCGCCAGCGGCGCCGCUACCAUCGGCAUACCUUGGCACGACAUCCUCCGGGGCAGAUCGGUCGUCGGCUCGCUCUUCGGCGGGCUCAAGCCCAAGACCGACAUCCCCAUCCUGGCACAGAAGUAUCUCGACAGGGAGCUGGAGCUGGAGGAGUUCGUGACGCACGAGAUGGGCUUGGACGAGAUCAACACGGCGUUCGAGCUGCUCACCCAGGGGAAGUGCCUCCGGUGCAUCAUCUGGAUGGACGGGGCAAGGGAGGACGUCGUCGAGUCGAGGUCAAGCCCAAGGAAAAUGUCCGCGCGUGCGAGGCGGCGUGACUAG